AUGUCAUGCCCAACCACGUCGAGCGGGGUAGACAUUCAGUAUGCGCUGACCAUCAACAUCGAGAACCACAAGGCAGCCGGCAUCCUCAACAACAAUGCCUACAGAAUCUGUGUAGGCUAUCCCGAAGAUGACAAAGGGUUCGACACGACGGUGAUAGGAGGAAAAGCGCUGAACUUCGACUCCUCAACACCGGUCAAGGUGACCUUUUCAGCCAGAGCUGCUGCUGCUGUUCACUAUUCCAUCGGCUACGCCAAAGAGUUCAAUCCAAAUUCUGAAGUCCUUCAGGCGAAGGAGGUCAAGCUUGGGCAAGUCUACCGACUUGAUAACAGCGGAGUGGCCAAAAUCGAAGAUGCAAGCUGGGUCCCGUCGGAUGCUCUGGGAUUCGAGAACUCAAUCUCUGCUUCGCCUAUUGUGCUUCGAAGGACCGAAGACGACCCUGGACCUGCACCGACACGCUAUAGGACGCUUCCGGUCUGGGUUCCUGGCAGGGGCUUGAUAACACCUCCAACCCCUUCAAUGUCGGUCAAAGUGUGGUUGGAGAGCGACUCAACCGCCGAGUAUGAGGACGACGAUCUGGGAACCCAUGACAUCUCCGAGCCCUUUCGUGUGAAGUUCAGGAAAGGCAACCCGACAGCUAUCAUUCUUUUCAAACAAGACGGCACAUUCAGCCUCAACUCUCUCAGGAUCCGUGCCUGA